CCAACAGGUGACUGCGCAUGUGCAGUGGUGGGAAUUUCCGUUCAGGAAGAUAAGAUGACCCAGAGCUGGCAUGGGUUGUGCACAAAGUCUAAGACUUUAUAAACGUGGCAUUUCGUAAUGGCUCGGUUGGUUAUAGCGUAUGUCCUCUGGUUCUUCGGAGGAUGGGUCGGUUUGCAUCACUUUUAUCUCAAACGGGAUCGUCACGCAUUUGUUUGGUGGGCGACUUUAGGUGGUGCUUUUGGACUCGGAUGGGUACGGGAUUUGUGGAAAUUGCCAGAUUAUGUCCAAGAGUGCAACCGAGAUGAAGAGUGGAAAAGGGAAUUCACCAGAAGGAGGAGUGUUGAUCGGAAACCCUCUCGGAGCACCAGCAGAUUUGCAGGGGAGAUCAUCAUGGGCAACAUCCUGGGCUACCUAAUCCGAGCCCUCCUUCCCGAGCAGUAUGUGGACAGCACGAAGUUAGACCUGGGCUUCCUCCUGGCUGUCUCCCUGCCACAGCUCGGGGCUGCUAUAGGUGUUCAUCUAGUAGCAAACAUUGGUCGUCACAAAGGCUCCUGGAGCUGGGCUGCCCUAGGGGCCUACAUUGCCACCCCCUGGCUAAUCCUCAACCCUGACAAUGUGGCAGUCGCACCCCUCAUGUCGGCCAUCUUUGUCCAGUGGAAGGGUGUGACAUGGAGGACUGACCCCGAGCCAAAACGAGGCCUUUUUCGACGUGUCAGCAAACUGACAUUCUACGGCACACUCUAUCUAGCUCUGUGGGGAUGUGUGAUAUAUUUUAACGCCUCUAUCACAACUAAAGAUGGAGAGGAGAUCCCCCUAAGGGAGGCGAUUCCCAACUUCUUUAAAUCUCCAGCUUGGGCUGAAACCAAAGACUCCAUGCAUAGACUGUACAAUUAUUUCCAAGCCCAUGGCUGGAGAAGAAUCUGGGACGAGAUCAAGGAGACGUUUGAUCCUGUAGGGGAGCAAAAUGCAUAUAAGGUCCUAGGUUUGAGCUCCAGCGCUACUCAGGAGGAGAUAACCCAUGCCUACAGGAAGAUGUCGCGUCAGUGGCACCCAGACAAGCAGAAAGAUCCCCAGAAGAAGGAAGAGGCACAAGAAAAGUUUAUAGAGAUUCAGCAAGCCUAUGAUAUUCUCUCUUCCAUCAAGGCCAGGAGAUCCGCCAAAAAUAAACAGUCAAGCAGGCCACGAAAAGAUGAAUUUUAGUGUGUGAAAAAGAUGUAUUGGUAGAACGAGGAUGUCGUAUUUGACCUAAGUUAGGUUUGAUUACUUAAGGAUGUCUGUGAUUAUGGUUUUAUAUAAAUAUUACAAAAAAUGAAUCACUUUCCAUUUUUCUCAAAGGACAAGUUUUGGUCCCUGGUCUACAGAAAAUGUUGUCUAAAAUUCCCACAUUAUAAUUACCCGGUAGUUCUUUCAAAUUCAGGUUAUUUAUUCCUAACAAAGAGUACUUUGAGCAUAACCAUGUCCAUUCAACCUGACUUAGCAGUUCCCAGUUGAGCACAGACUCCAGACGUUUAUAACCUCUGCUUGACUACAAAUCUUAAUCAACUAGCCUGAAAUUGAGUUGAGCCCAACAAAUUUUUAUAACUCCAAAUGUGACAUGCCUUUCACCAUGUUCACAGAAAGCAGGAUUAUAGUUCGUUUUACAUAACUGCAUCAAAUGCAAUGUUUAAGAAAACUUUAUAAACUUUAUAAAGCUUUCCAAUUUUGCUCAAAGAAAUGCUGUUUCCCCAGUUGGACUGCCGAGGCACUUGGUUAUCCUGGUACUAGUGUCUGUUAUGUCAAUAUGUCAGAGAAACGAUCUGAACUGCACUUUUGCAGAUUAACAAGUGAAGGAUUUGACCCUCUUGUUUUCAUGAUGGAUGUAUGCUCCCCAGGGUGCUGAGAAUGAAAUAUAAGUGCACACUUAUCCAAAGACCAGGGUUAUAAUAAUAUAGUCAUGAGUAGCCACUCAGUGAAUGGAUCUGAUGCAUAAUAAAUGGACUGGUCAAUACAACUGCUGAUCUGUUGGGACAAAUAUGAUAUCUGAGAGUGUGACUGUUGUCUGUAGACCUGAAAGUUUGAAUGUUUUCCUUUGUGUAGACCAUGUAGACCUGAACAUUUGAAUGUUAUCCUUUGUGUAGACCAUGUAGACCUGAACGUUUGAAUGUUAUCCUUUGUGUAGACCAUGUAGACCUGAGAGUGUAUCUGUUGUCUGUAGACCAUGUAGACCUGAACGUUUGAAUGUUAUCCUUUGUGUAGACCAUGUAGACCUGAACGUUUGAAUGUUAUCCUUUGUGUAGACCAUGAAUGAAUGUAUGCACACUGAAAUCCUGCACAUGGGAUCCUCCUGUGUAUCUGCUGAUGUUUUUAGAUUGUAAAUGUUUACCCGAGGAAAGUGUUUACAAGCAGCACAGAGAAGGAAAAGGGACUGCACUCUGCCCAAUGUUCACGUAACUCUCUUGGUCCAACAACAAUGAAAACUUGUUAGUGUUGGGGCACAAGGAAUGGGGGUAUGUAUAUUUAUACUCCACUUUUGGUAGGUAUGAUCUGUCAUUAUAUUUUGACAUACACUUGACAUAUGAGAAUCAGUUUUGUGUUAUCAUGGAGAGAUAAAAAUAUCCCUGUCAAAAGUGGAGCAGUAUAGUUUAUGUUCAAUCUGAUGCUUUGCUAUGAGAAGACAAGACUCUGUAAGUGGCUAAUACCAGCUGAUGUAAUUUCAUUCCACCACACCGUCAUGUUAUGAUUCCAUAGCUCUGGUGUCAGCAUACACUAAGACAGUCAGUUUGAAAUUUAAUUAGAGAUCAUCAUCAAAUGGUUCUUUAUGCAAUUUUACCACCGUCCACGGAGAAAAUCUAUAUUCAGGUACUUAAAAGAGCACAUGUUGGUCCACAUACCAGGUGCUACAACCUUAUUGUAUGUGUCAUGAAAGUAUGUAUUUAUCAUGUUGCGUGAUUGAUAUCAUGGGAUGUUGUUUUUGUGAAGUCAGUAGAAAUACAGGGUGAUCUAUAUGACGAGAGUGCCUACUGCUGAACAUCUUAACAUUUUGAUAAUAUAUUUUAUAAAUAUAAUUUAAUUAACAUUUGUAGACAGUGAUUUUUUUCUUUGGUAGAUUGUUUUAAAAGCUAUUAAUGCAUACUAAUAUAUUUUCCAACUAAUAAAGUGAGUAUGGUUUAAUGCCGCUUUUAGCAAUAUUCAGGCAAUCCCAUGGCGGGGAAUCCAGAAAUAGGCUUCACACACUGUACCCGGGAAUCGAGCCCGGGCCUUCGUUGUGAGGAGCGAACGCUUUAACCACUAGGCUACCCGACUGCCUCUCAACUAAUAAAGCCAGGUCAAGGAAUUAUUAAGUGUCUAAAACAAACAUGCACUUUUGUAUGCAGUGGAUGUGCAGAGAAUUUGUUGAUAAUUUAUUAAUUUACUAACAAUCACUUUCACAGUAUAUUAAAUACUGUUUUGACUUUUGUCCUCCAUCCAAACAAAGUUUUACACGGAAUAUGGAUGCAGGCUCUGUCAGUCCGCCAUGUUUCGUUUCCAGAGUAAAGUUCAUAAACGGUUCAAUAUUUCUUGAUGAAACUUUGCAUACACAUCAUUCAAGCACAAAAGUGGUCCCUUUUGCUAUUUUUUAUAUUUUGUGCAUUUCCGUGCAACAAAUUGGACUCAUGUGAAGGUAGGGUUUGUUUCUGUACAAUAUUUCUUUAUGAAACUAUGUAUGAACUUCAUGCAAGUGCUGAACUAAUUUUGCUAUUCAGAAAGUCUUUAGAUUUUGAGUUUCCAAGGCAAUAACAAAUGAGAGUUUCAUUUUGAUGAUUAAACCAUUCAAUGUUUAUGGAUUUCAUAUGUCUUUCAACACUUUUUAGAUUUUGGGUUAAAACAGGUCCCCAGCAACCUAUGCUUGUUUUAGGAGGCACUUAAAUGGAUCGGUUGGUCAGACUUGGUUGAUUGUGUGACAUCAUCCCAGAGUAGGACAUUGCUCAUGAUACAGUGAUUUAGUUAAAAAACAAGCACAGCAUCAUUCAGAAACUCAGGAUUGUAUGGUUUGUUGCUAUGGUUGCUAUGGAAUCAUGAUUCAGAGUUUUUAUAAUAUCUCAUGAUACAUUGCUAUCAAAUCAAUGUUCAAGAAGCUGUUUUAACCCUUUCUCUGAACCAAGGCAUCAAUGUUCAAGAAGCUGUUUUAACCCUUCCUCUGAACCAAGGCAUCAAUGUUCAAGAAGCUGUUUUAACCCUUCCUCUGAACCAAGGCAUUAAUGUUCAAGAAGCUGUUUUAACCCUUCAGAUUUUAAUUUAGUAAUAAGCAUAUUAUGUACCUCUUACUCUUCUCCAACAAUGCAUUAUAGAGGCAGAGCAACUUGAUCAGAUAUGUUUUAAAGAAGAUUAGCAUCAGAAAGUCAUUAGCAUCACACCAUGUAUCAGGGGCCAGUGGACGCGUUUUAAUGUUUUAUACUAGACAUAUCCAUCUUAUCUAAUAAGGAAUAAGACUGAUCUUAAUUAAUUAAUUGUGCAUAUCAAGUAGCGAUAUCAAUAGGAGUUAGUGAGUAAAUAUGGUUUUAUGCUGCUUUUAGCAAUAUUUCAGCAAUAUAACACCAUAAAUGGGCUUCACACAUUAUACCCAUGUGGGGAAUAGAACCAGGGUCUUCAGCUUGACAAGUGAGCGAUUUAACCACUAGGUUACCCCUCCACCCCUCCAUGUCAGGCAGAUGGCUUGUUGCAGGAUAUGUUCUGUGACCCAGUGCCAUAUGGGCCUUGGUAAAAAAAACAUAUCUACUGCAAUAGGGAGACCUAUAUAUGCCUAACACAAUAAGAUAGAAUCAGGCAUACCGUAGAACAUUUGCAGGGAGACUAGAAGGCAUGGGUGGUCCAGUCAUCUAAGGUGCUGCAAUUCACUGUGCAGAGUUAUGUCCCUUGGUCUCGCAAGGAACCUAUGAUUGUGGGUUCGAAUCCCAGUUCACCCCGAUAUGUGACUAGGUUUGU